AUGGUGAAGCUUGAAUAUAAGUUUACUGUCAUAAUCGCGAUUUUGUUCGAGGUCAUCGUAGUAGCGUUGGGGGCCGUCAUAGAGAAUGUUAAGCUGAGUGACUUAUCCCUGGAAAAGUUGAGCGUGCAGGCUUAUCCUCAUAGGAUGUGGAAGGCGUCAUUUGAUUUUGUUAUAGAACAACAAGGACAGAUUACGAAGGGUGAUUACUUUGAUGUCGCAAUGCCUACCGUCUACAGAAUGAAAUUUCAAAAUGACGCCUUGUCUGAGACCAUUUACUUUGAUGAUGGCACGGAAGCAUUCAAUUGCUCUGCGACCCAACAAGCAGCCUAUUUGUACGAUCAAACCGUGAUGCAAUGCGAAGCGUUAAGUAACUUCGGAGGGACUUUAAGUGGCAAGAUUGCAAUAGGUGUAAUGUUUAGUGACGGCGGUUCUGCUUACGAGUUUGAGCUGAUAAACUCAAAAGUUUUUUCAGCUGGCCAACAAACUGUAGAGCUGACCCCAGGUCUACAAAGUGAGAUUAUCUUUGAGUCGGCUUCCAACGAAGGCGUGUACUAUUAUGAUGGAAGAACCACCACUUAUGGUUCAAUGGAGUCUUUUUAUCUGGGACUUGAGUGUCCCAAUGGGUACAUCUUGGGAGGAAAACAGGUUAUAAACUAUGAUCCUCAAGGUCACUACCAGUGCUUUGAUUGUGGUAAAGCUCAAGUUAAGAUUAGCAAUCAGUUCAAUGAUUGGCUUUUCCCCCAGACCUUCCAAAAUUUUAACGGAGACUAUAUUUGUGACGGCAGUGAGCUGUCUCUCACUUUUGGCGAGGUCCCUUCGGGUUAUCGGAUAUGGGUGAACAACCUUCAGUCCAUGGGAAAUGAGGCCACUUUCAUCCAUAGCGUUGCUUUUGACUAUACGUGUACGGACACCAAAGAUCAGACCACAUUUUCGACUAGUCUCGUGCAAACGCCGACAUUCGUUGUCGCUGAAGGGACAUUUACCGGACAAGUCUAUGCAAGUUCAAACGACUUAACGAGCACCACGGAAACGACUACUGAAUGGUCGCAGAGUUUUACGUCAACAACAACAGAGCCAUUUAGCUCAGGUGCUACGGUUAUAACAGAAAAGAUAGAAAUACCCACGACCCCUUUUACGAGCUCAUGCACAUCCUACAAAUCAGUGGUGACAAUUGGCAGUUCUUCGUCGUCAGAGCCAAUUAGCCUUACGCAGAGUUCGUCAACUUUGUCUUCUUCAAUGUCAACGAGCCUUACGCAGAGUUCAAAAACUUCGUCAACUCUAUUUCCUUCAUCGACAUCGAGUUGCACGGCUUGCACAAGUUUGACAAGCGAUGUAUCUUCCCGUCUAACUUCUACCAUAUCGUACACGUCCGAUAAUAUGACGUCGACUGCAUCUGGGAGCUCCUUUAGCAUACCAAGCACAACUAACUUAGAGAGGUCUAGUUCAGUCUCGUUGAGUGUGAGCCCAACUACUGAGAGCGCGAAGACUGCUGACUCUUCAACUGUGUUUGGCGGUACAUCUUCUCUUUCGAGGCUUGAAUCUACAACAUUAUACUUGAGCACCAGGACAACAAGCACAACUCCUGAAAGCUUAACAACCGAGACUUCCUGCCCGUUGUGUCUUGCUUCAAGUUCCAGGUAUUCCUCGCCGGUAGGGUCAAAUCUGACUUCAAGUGAAUCCUCCACCCAGUCAUCAAUAGAUCAUGCCCUGACCACAAUGACUCCAUCCAGUCAAUCAUCAAUAAAUCACACUGGUACCACAACGACUUCAUGGAGUAUGGAAAAAUCUUCUCUUCUGUCAAGCAUGCCAGCUGAACGUACUUCAAACGUGUUAUCGAGCGUAUUAAGCAGCUCGCUUCCUGUUGAGCUAACUAGCAGUUUGUCCACUUCAUUUUCCUCCAGUGCUGUCGAUGUGGACACAACGUCAAGUUUACUCGAAAGUGCUUCACAGCCACUAUCGGAGAGUCUCACUGAAAGCCUGCUGUCAACCACGCAUAGUUCCUUGACUGCCACAUCGAUAAGUGUUACGCCAUUUUCGCCUGCCAGUGUGCCACCAAAGGCAACUUCUUCCGAUUUUGCAACAUCAGACACUUCUUCUCAGUUAUUCAGCAGUUCUUCAAACCUUACGAUGGUAAACACAACCACUCUCUCCAGUUUGACAUCGCCAACGACUGAUUCACCACAAAGCUCUCAGAGCGCUCCAAGCUCUACUUUAGAGAGUACCUCAAUUUGCCCCGAUUGCUAUGGAACAAUAUCUAUCAUGUCAUCGACACCAUCAUCAUUGACCAGUACAACUUGUUCGAACGAAAUAUGCAAUAACAUUUCGCUGUCCUCGAAUUCGCCUGGUUCGCCGCCAUCUCAAGGACCAAUCUUCAGCACGUCCAUAACUAGUACACCUACAGAUUCAAGUGCCAUUGACAACGAAAUGUCUCAGUUUCUAACUACCUCUUCAUCGGUAACUAGCGAAGCGUAUUCGGGUACGGUUGCAGCCUCUGGACAAACUUCUACUCCUGUGCCGUAUUUGAGCUCCUACAGAGUUUCGGACACUGAAGCGUUAUCUCCAAGCACAAGCACAAGCACAAGCACAAGCUCCGAUAUGCAUUUGAGCAGCAGUUACAGUUACAUUUUGUAUGAGGGUGGGGCGUGCAGUUUCCCUCCUUUUACAGCGAUCUCCUCAAUAUUUUGCUUCUUAGGAUUGGUUGUUAUUUAA